AUGGCUUCCACAGACGCUCUCAAUUUCCGCUGUGCUCUCGUCACGGGCGGCGGCGGCGGCAUCGGCAAGGCUAUUGCAGAGUACCUCGUGCAAAGGGGCAAGAAGGUCGUCAUCGCCGGUCGCACAGAGUCCAACCUCGCUUCGACGUGCAAGGAGAUUGGCUGCGCCGGCUACUACGUCGUCGACGUGGGCGCCACCGACACGCUGCCCGCCUUCGCCAGGCGGGUCACGGCAGACCACCCGGACCUCGACUGCCUCGUCAACAACGCCGGCGUGCAGCGGCCCAUCGAGGUGCUCGGGGUUUCGGCAACGCCAGAGGAGCUCCUGGGCAAGGCAGACAACGAGAUCGACAUCAACGUCCGCGCGCCGCUGCACCUGACGCUCGGCCUGCUGCCGCACUUUCGCGACACGAGCAAGUGCCCACGGGGUGCCACCGUGGUCAACGUGUCCAGCGUGCUCGGCUUCCUGCCGUACGCGCUCGUCAACCCGGUCUACUGCGCGACCAAGGCGUGGGUGCACUCGUGGAGCAUGAGCCUGCGCUCCCAGCUCCAGGACGUCGAGCCGCCCAUCCGAGUCGUCGAGAUCGCGCCGCCCAUGGUGGGCACCGACCUGCACCGCGAGAGGGAGGACCCGGACGACAACAAGAAGGACAAGAACGCCAACUCCUUGACGGUGGAGGAGUUCAUGGAGGAGAUCACCAAGAAGUGGGAGGCUGGCGACACGACUAUCAGUGCCGGAAGUGGUGCGAGGGUUGUCCAGGAUUGGUUUGACACGUUUGGUGAGAUCAAUCACUGGUUGCCGGACAAGAUGGCACCCUUUGUUGAUAUCACUCCAAACCUCGUGCUUGAGAAGUCUGAGCCGGGACGAAAGGUUCAUUCUCUAUCAAGUAUCGACCGAUGCGUCCCCCAGAGCCUGCUGCACCUGAUCCUCGUCUUCCCCUUCCCAGACCUCAGACAGAGUGAUGCCGCUGCACAAGUCAUCGGACAAGGCCUCGCCGCACUGAUGAAAAGAUGGACAUUUCUCUCAGGCCAGUUGCCCCCACUCGACUCAAGGGACGAGAGAACAGAUUCAUGUUAUGUCGAGUACCACCGCCCGUGGACCAUCAAUGCGCGCCACGUCUUCAAGUGUCUUCUGGCUACCGCUCCGUCAUCCCUCGACUACGAUCGAAUGAGUAAGUUGGGUAUGCCGGUCCGGGACCUGGAUGUUGACUUGCUUUGCAUCACUCCAUCCUCGCUUUACGGCACAGUCAGUCUCCCAGGCGCCGUCUUUACUCUGCAAGCAACCUUCGUAACUGGCGGGCUCUACCUCGGGUUUUCAUUUCAGCGAGCGGUUUUCGAUUCAUCCUAUAUAGAACUGUUUGUUGGCUCAUUGACAGAGGCUAUUCGGGCCCGCUCAACCUUGAACUGCGAAGGUGCGUUGGUUCCAGGGGGUGGCAUAAUCCUCUUCUUGAGGGGACAAGCAACUUACUCUCGACCAGCUAUACAACCGUGUACUCGCCAGAGCCCGGCAUUGUACAUCCCCGAGGAUGACGCGGUAGAGAAGGGCCGAGAGGUUCGCUCAGCAUCCUUGGAGGACUUUGAUUUCUCUCAUGCAAAUGCCGCCUCGAAUCCAACGAUAAAAACAAAGACAAAGGUGGUCGCGUUCACGGCAGCCAAGGUGGCCAAGAUGAGGGAGCUCAUCGGCUGCAUUCUGGAAGCGCCAGGAGAAGCGCCAUCCGAGAGAGCCUGCCUCCUGGCUCUGGUGUGGAUCGCCGUGAUACGAAUUCGCGAAAAGCGCCUCGCACCUCAGACACUCACCAAGUUUGGGGUACAGGUCGACCUGCGGCCUCAGCUUAAGCCCCCGGUCGAACAUGGCUACCUCGGCAAUCUCUUCUCAUCCGCUAUCGCACAGACGAGAGUGCAGGACCUGGUUGACAUGAAGUUACCGGAAGCCCUUCAGGACUCAAUCACCAUUCAGACCGUUGCCAAAGCGGCACGCUUGAUCGAGCAAUCAACUUCCAAGGUCGACACGGAGCAUGCACAUGACCGGCUGGGCCGAAUCGGCCGCAUCGUGGACUGGGUUGAUGCACAAAAGGCCAGCCGGACUGGUUUCUUGCGGCACGCUCACGAUAUAGUCUCGGACUUGAAUGUCGUCAGCAACUUGGAAAGCUUCGACAUCCCGGGCAUUGCAGCCCCAGGCAAUCCGCACUGGUGCCGCAUCGCCGGCUCCUCUCAGGAGGGCAUCGUCAAUAUCCUGCCUAGAACGGGCCUCCCCGACGCGGACUGGGAGGUGCAGGUCACGCUGCGGACUUUCGAGCUGUCGGCUGUCGUGAAGGAUGUGGGCAGAACGGGGUGGCAUAAGGCUUUCUAUUGA